GCUCUGAAACAAGAAGUACAAGUGAGUUCCCCCAAGGGGUCGGCCGCGCCCCUUCCUGUCCCCGCCCUGCUGGCUGCCCUAGGCCAGUGGAGUGACAGCCCCAGAAGCUGGACUGUCGGGUGGGGUGGCAGGUGGCCUGGGCCCUGAGAGCUGCAGUUGAGGCUCAGCCCCAGAGUUUUCCACCUGCCCAGACAGGCUGUGCCUCCUCAUUCCCUGAGUGCCUUCCUCUGUGGGAGCCCAGGAUGGUGAGGUGGUUUCACCGGGACCUCAGUGGGCUGGAUGCAGAGGCCCUGCUAAAGAGCCGGGGUGUAAAUGGGAGUUUCCUGGCUCGGCCCAGUCGCAAGAACCAGGGUGACUUCUCGCUCUCUGUCAGGGUAGAGGAUCAGGUGACCCACAUUCGGAUCCAGAACACAGGGGACUUCUACGACCUGUAUGGAGGGGAGAAGUUUGCCACGCUGACUGAGCUGGUGGAGUACUACACACAGCAGCAGGGCGUCCUGCAGGACCGUGAUGGCACCAUCAUCUACCUCAAGUACCCACUGAACUGCUCUGACCCCACCAGCGAGAGGUGGUACCAUGGCCACAUGUCUGGAGGGCAAGCAGAGGCACUGCUGCAGGCCAAGGGCGAACCCUGGACAUUUCUUGUGCGUGAGAGUCUCAGCCAGCCUGGAGAUUUCGUGCUAUCUGUGCUCAGCGACCAGCCCAAGGCUGGCCCAGGCUCCCCACUCAGGGUCACUCACAUCAAGAUCAUGUGUGAGGGCGGACGCUACACGGUGGGUGGCAUGGAGACCUUUGACAGCCUCACGGACCUGGUGGAGCAUUUUAAGAAGACAGGAAUUGAGGAAGCCUCAGGCGCCUUUGUCUACCUGCGGCAGCCUUACUAUGCUACUCGGGUGAAUGCGGCUGACAUUGAGAACCGGGUCUUGGAGCUGAAUAAGAAGCAGGAGUCAGAGGAAACAGCCAAAGCCGGCUUCUGGGAGGAGUUUGAGAGUCUGCAGAAGCAGGAGGUGAAGAACUUGCACCAGCGGCUGGAAGGGCAGAGGCCAGAGAACAAGAGCAAGAACCGCUACAAGAACAUUCUCCCCUUUGACCAUAGCCGAGUGAUCCUGCAGGGGCGUGACAGUAACAUCCCUGGGUCCGACUACAUCAAUGCCAACUACGUAAAGAACCAGCUGCUAGACCCUGAAAACUCUAAGACCUACAUUGCCAGCCAGGGCUGUCUGGAGGCCACAGUCAACGACUUCUGGCAGAUGGUUUGGCAGGAGAACACCCGGGUCAUCGUUAUGACCACCCGUGAGGUGGAGAAAGGCCGGAACAAAUGUGUACCAUACUGGCCGGAGGUGGGCACUCAGCGUGUCUACGGUCCCUACUCUGUGGCCAACUGUGGAGAGCAUGAUACCACUGAAUACAAACUCCGUACUCUACAGGUUUCCCCGCUGGACAAUGCGAAUCUGGUUCGGGAGAUCUGGCAUUACCAGUACCUGAGCUGGCCUGACCACGGGGUCCCCAGCGAGCCCGGGGGUGUCUUGAGCUUCCUGGACCAGAUCAACCAGCGGCAGGAAAGUCUGCCUCAUGCAGGGCCCAUUAUUGUGCACUGUAGCGCGGGCAUUGGCCGCACGGGCACCAUCAUCGUCAUUGACAUGCUCAUGGAGAGCAUCUCUACCAAGGGGCUGGACUGUGACAUUGACAUCCAGAAGACAAUCCAAAUGGUGAGGGCACAGCGCUCUGGCAUGGUGCAGACAGAGGCGCAGUACAAGUUCAUCUAUGUGGCCAUUGCUCAGUUCAUUGAAACCACCAAGAAGAAGCUGGAGAUCAUACAGUCCCAGAAGGGCCAGGAGUCGGAGUACGGGAACAUCACCUAUCCCCCCGCCAUUAAGAGUGCCCAUGCAAAGGCCUCCCGAACCUCCUCCAAACACAAGGAAGAUGUAUACGAGAACCUGCACAGUAAGAACAAGAAGGAGGAGAAAGUGAAGAAGCAGCGGUCGGCAGACAAGGAGAAGAGCAAGGGUUCCCUCAAGAGGAAGUGAGCUGGGCACCAUCCUCAGGUGGCCAUGCCUCAGUCCUGAUCUCUGCAGAGGCCUCCAGUGGACCUACCAGACCCAUGAUCGAUCCCAGGACCUAGGAGCCUCCCCCGUCCUGUUGUAAUUUAAAUGGCCGUGUGCUCUGAACCUG